UUAUUUAUAUUAUCGUUGUGACUUAAAAUGACAGUUUAUUAUUUUUACAAUAAUCUGAGUCUAAUUAGCAAAUCUAAUCGUAAACAUCAUUAGUUGUAGCUUAUAAGGAGGUUCUUUGGUGUGUAAAACGUUUAGCUUUAUUGCAGGAAAUGCCACCAAAGCGGGCCAAAGCUAGGGCUGAUUCCCUUGAAUCUGGAGAUGAUUCAGAAGAGUAUAGAAAGAAGAGGGCUCGGAACAACAUGGCUGUCAGAAAGAGCAGAGUGAAAUCCAAGAUGAAAACUCAGGAAACCAUGAAUAGGGUGAACGAAUUGAAAAGGGAGAAUACUAUUUUAGAGGAGAAAGUGAAAACUUUAACAAAGGAACUGGGAUUUUUAAAAGAGCUGUUCUUGGCACAUGCAAGCAGUACCAGCAAUGAGGCAAAGUUUCAGAACUUUGAUCUGGAGAAGAUACUCUCUGAUGAUCCAUCAACACACACAGACCAUAAACCAUGCUAACAGAGUUUUUUAAUGCAAUACUUUUUUCUCUAUUA